GCAUGCGCUUUACGCGGACAAGAUGGCGGCGCCCGUGGAUCUGGAGCUGAAGAAGGCCUUCACGGAGCUGCAGGCCAAGGUGAUGGACACGCAGCAGAAGGUGAAGCUGGCCGACCUGCAGAUCGAGCAGCUCACCAAGACCAAGAAGCACGCGCACCUCACCGACACGGAGGUGAUGAUGCUGGUGGACGAGACCCGCAUGUACGAGGGCGUGGGGCGGAUGUUUAUUCUUCAGCCUAAAGGAGUGAUUCACAAUCAGCUCUUAGAAAAACAGAGAAUAGCUGAAGAGAAAAUUAAGGAGUUAGAGCAGAAGAAGUCGUACCUGGAGCGGAGCGUGAAGGAGGCAGAGGACAACAUCCGGGAGAUGCUGAUGGCCCGCAGGGCACAGUAGUGGCACCCUUGGCUGGCCCCCACCCACCCUAAUAAAACACAGCCCGUGUCCCUGUG